AUGUUUCAGCUGCUGUGCCAUUUGGUCUUUGCUGUUGUGAUGCCAGGCGAUCGAUGUGAUGCGCAGGGGCACACUGACAGUAGUGGACUCCGUGUUGGCAGCUGCUGCAGUGGCUUGAGCGCAGAACUUCUGGCCUUGGAGAUGUUAAGGGUAUCGUUUGUGAGUUGCGUGGCGUGUGAAAUCGAUCACAAGUUGCUGAAUUUGAACCAUGCAAUGCAUGGCCAUUGCAAUGUCUUUUCAGAUUGCUGCACAGAGGAAUUCUUAGCUUCUCCAAGCUGUGACUUAUUUGUAGCAGGUUUUCCGUGCCAGCCUUUCAGCAAAGCAGGAAACAACCAUGGCAUCCUGGACCCACGCGGUCAUGUGAUUUUCUGGAUCCUGCGGUGGCUGUGGCUUCACAAGCCCUUGUGCUUCAUUUUGGAGAAUGUGGGCAAUUUUGCUCAACAACACAAAGAGACUUUGGACAUGAUUAUUAGCAUCCUGACCGUCAUGAAUAUAUACCACGUGGAAUGGAAAGUGCUGGAGAAUUCUGCGGUUGGUUGGCUGCCGCAACAUCGGGAGCGCAUUUUCAUCUGCGGGGUUCGCAAAGCUUCAUUGCUUAGGCCGUUUGUCUGGCCAGGGGAUGUGGCCAUGCUUCCUUUACGAAACUACUUUAAGGAAAACAUCCAGCAUCAAGAAGAGCUGGGCAUGGAUUCCCUGAACAACACGGAGAAGAAUAAUGUGCAGAAGCUUGCUGCCAAUGUCGCAAAACAGGGCUGGAUUCUCGGACACGAGGAGUAUGUUUGUGACAUUUCGGGCAGCGUGCCUCACGCUAUGUGGGGUGUAAGUCCAUGCUUGACAGUGACCCGAGCUGGCUCUUCAGGCCAUUGGCUCUCCUGGCUUGAGCGUAAGAUGACAACCCGCGAGAUUCUCAGCCUUCAAGGCAUCAGUCUCGAAAGGGUUGGUGAUUACUGGCACCAUAUGUCAGAACGCCAGCUACGCCGAGCAGCUGGAAAUGCUGUGCCGGUACCACUGCUGGCGCGAGUGAUCAAGAUGGUUCUGAUUGCUUGUGGGAAGGUGCAUUAA